CCUCAUCCCAGUUGGCGAUAUGACCGUUUUCUUUCAUCAUUUAUUACUCCUACUGCUUGUGGCGCAGAACAAAUCUGGUAAAAUCUUCUCUUUGGCUCUGUUGCCAAUGGCCAUGUCUAUUCUCUCUUCCAAGCUCUCCUCCUCCUUACCCUUCACUUUCUCAGUCGUCGCUUCCUCAGCAUCUUCUUCACCUAAAGAAGCAAAUUCGAGCCCUAAUUCGGUGAAGUUAAGAGAUGACUGGAGAAAACGGUCCAGACCCAUUCCUCCCGGGGGAACUUAUCCCGCCAAGGACCAUUGCAGUAAAUGCGGGUUGUGCGAUACCUACUAUAUAGCCCAUGUGAAGAAUGCUUGUGCUUUCUUGGGAGAUGGGAUGUCUAGAAUUGAAGGCAUGGAACCUGUGGUCCAUGGCCGAGGGAGGAAAGGAGAUUCUUUGGAUGAAGUUUACUUAGGGGUCUAUGAGGAACUACUUUAUGCUCGUAAAACUAAGCCUGUGGAAGGAGCUCAGUGGACUGGGAUAGUAACAACAAUUGCCAUUGAAAUGCUGAAAGCAGGCAUGGUAGAAGCUGUCAUCUGUGUACAGAGUGAUCCAGAGGAUAGACUCACUCCAAGACCUGUUUUGGCAAGGACACCAGAAGAAGUUCUAGCAGCUAAAGGUGUCAAGCCGACGUUAUCUCCUAAUCUCAAUACCCUUGCUUUAGUUGAGGCAGCAGGCGUGAAGCGUCUACUCUUCUGUGGUGUUGGUUGCCAAGUGCAAGCAUUAAGAUCUGUGGAGAAGCAUUUGAAUUUGGAGAAGCUUUAUGUUUUGGGGACUAAUUGCGUGGAUAAUGGGACUCGAGAAGGGCUAGAUAAGUUUCUGAAGGCUGCCAGCAAUGAACCAGAAACAGUUCUUCAUUAUGAGUUCAUGCAAGAUUACAAGGUCCAUUUGAAGCAUUUGGAUGGGCGUAUUGAAGAGGUUCCGUAUUUCUCUCUGCCAGCAAAUGAGUUAGUUGAUGUUAUUGCACCAUCUUGUUAUAGCUGUUUUGACUACACGAAUGCAUUAGCGGAUUUGGUAGUGGGAUACAUGGGUGUGCCCAAAUAUGGUGGAAUUAGCAUGACACAACAUCCACAGUAUGUCACUGUCAGGAAUCAGCGUGGUGUAGAAAUGCUGAGUCUGGUUAAAGGCCUUUUGGAGAUUACUCCAACAACUACUAGUGGUGAUCGGAGACCUUUUGUUAUGGAGACAGUAAAGGCAGAUGAUAAUGCCAAGUUAGGGAUGGGUCCUUCUAAGCCUGCUCCAAAAUUGAUUGGGAACUUAAUAGCAUUCCUGUUGAACUUGAUUGGUCCAAAGGGUCUAGAAUUUGCUCGUUAUUCGCUCGAUUACCAUACUAUCCGAAACUAUCUGUACACAAAUCGUUCAUGGGGAAAAGAAAGAGCGGAUAAGCAUAUGCCUUCUUAUGCAAAGAAACUUGUUGCCAUGUACAACCAGAAUGGAGAAAUUGAUCAAAUGCUUUCCAACAAGUGAUUGUAUGUGAUGGAAUCUGUGUCAGAAAUAAACAGCACAUGUACGCUGAACCAUGGUAGAGACAAGGCUGGUUUUCUUUAAGGUCAAUUUACUCUGUUAGCAAUGGAGCAUAAUGAGCUUGAAAGAGUGUCUGAUGUUGAACGUAGAUGUCCAGUAUCCAUGCACUUGUGCAUCAACCUUCAUUUAAAGGCUUAAUUUACCAUUCUACAAUUUGUUCUCUCAAUUUUCUUUGGUUAGUAGUAUUCAGUUUCGUUUUGUUUCUGGGAUUCUUUUAUUUGUGAAGGUUUCAACUUUCAACUUUCCUCUUUAAUAGGAUUAUUAUGGUUAAGACUAUAAAGACGAUUUGGUAUUUGAAUUAAUAAGCUUUGAAUUUAGAGAAUUGAGAGCUGACGGCUUUUACGUGACUA